GAGAACAUUUCUUGUUUUUUUGCGGUGUUUUUGACCCUAUAGAAUUAACGUCCCAUUCAUUUAGAGAGUAAAUGCACACAUACCAAAAUUAUGGCUCAGUCACUGUCCCCAGUUGCAGCAGCUACACUAACCUCAUUAUCAACCAAGAAGAAUGCCUGUUUGAGGUCUCUUAGUGUUUUGGCUAUCCAUCAAAGGUCUGAUAAAGAAUUGGACACAAAUGUUGUCUCUCGCAGGAGUUUGGCAUUGGGCUUGGCAGGAGCUGCGGUUGCGCUGAAUGCAGGUAACAAGAAGGCAAAUGCUGCUGCAAGAAGGCCUCCACCACCGCCACCAAUGGAGAAAAAGGAUCCAAAUGUCAGUGGUGUCUUAGCUAAAGUAUUAGCUAGCAAGAGGAGAAAGGAGGCUAUGAAAGAAUCCAUGGCCAAGCUAAGAGAGAAAGGGAAGCCUGUCAAUGAACCAUCUCAAUAGUUUGUUGGCUAUGUUUAUCAAGAGAAUUUGUUGCUUGUUUUUUUUUAAUUUACAUAGUUCAGUUUUAAGGAUUGCAAAGUUAGAAGUCAAUGCUAUCAAUAAUGAGAUCAAUGGUGAAAAAACAAUCAUAGAAGCCAUUCAUUUAUAUAUAUUUUUUGGCUUCUAGUAGAGUAUGUGUUUUAUAAAGGAAAAGGUCCCUUGGUUUACAAGGACGGACAUGCACAAGUCACAUAAGAAAUUGACCGAUGAUGCAGAAUGGAUACCGUAGCUGAUAAGUAACGAGGAAUAUUUCUUAUUAAAGGAAUGUACAUACUUUCCUAUAUUUUAUAUGUUUGUAAUUGCUUACCUUCCUUGUUUAGAAUUCCUAGUAAUACAUGUAACCUAUCUGUAUAAAUACCAUUACAUAUAUAACGAGAAUCACUAUGGUUUCAUAACUUUUACAUGA